AGUGAAGGACGCGGCGAUGACGUCAGCAUGUGGCGCAUCAAAAUGGGGAACAAGAAGGAUGAGGAACACAUCACACGGAGACCACCAAGACCAUGACAAGGUAUGAUGACAGACAGUAACGGGCCGUGCGUUGGAUCUGAUCGGAAAGUAUGGGGCUCAGGCUCAACGGUAAGAGUCAGCAGAGCCACAGGAUGGUGAUCUUCCUCGCCCUCUUCAUCCUGAUGACACUCCUCAUCCUCUAUGGCUCCAACAAUGUCACUGAAAGCUCCUACAUCCCAUUUCACGUGGUAAUAAAUCACGCUGCCAAGACGACAGACCUUAAGAAGUGGUCUAUGAAGGACGGCUAUGUUCCAGUUUACGGGAACAAAAGUAUGACUCAACACUGUCAUCAGUGUGCACUGGUGACGAGCUCCAGCCACGUCCUGGGAAGUCGAGCAGGAAACGAGAUCGAUCACACGGAGUGUGUGAUUCGAAUGAAUGAUGCGCCCACCUUGGGUUUCGAGUCUGAUGUUGGGAACAGGACCACACUAAGGGUCGUAGCCCACGCUAGUGUGUUCAGGGUGGUGCGAAGGCCUAAUGAGUUCCUCCACCAAACAGACAGCAACUCUACCAUCAUCUUCUGGGGCCCCCCGAAUAAGAUUGGGAAGGAUGCUAAAGGAACUUUGUACAGAUUGAUCCAGAGAGUCAGCAUGACCUACGGCAACUUGUCGUUUUUCAGCAUCACACCGAACAAUAUGCGCAGAUUUGAUAAUCUGUUUCACAGAGAGACAGGACGAGAUAGACAAAAAUCUCAUUCAUGGCUGAGCACAGGCUGGUUCACAAUGGUCAUAGCCAUUGAGAUGUGUGAUAACAUUAAAGUAUAUGGGAUGGUUUCACCAAGUUACUGUAGUGUUUCGCUAUCCAGAAGAAAACCUGUAUCCAAGAAGAUGCCAUACCACUACUACAAACCCAGAGGUCCUGAUGAAUGUAUAAUGUACAUACAGAAUGAGAGCGGCUGGAGAGGAAACCAUCAUCGCUUUAUAACAGAGAAGCAGGUGUUUGCACGCUGGGCAAAGCAGUACAACAUCACAUUCACACACCCCAAAUGGUGAGAAGACAGAUGUGAAGUCUACAGAGACGUAUCUGGGCUCACAAUUGCCUGAAUGAGCACUGUACUCGAGUUCUAUCUUCCCAAAGUGAAACUUUAUAAAUGAUUGGUGGCUAAUUUUCAAGGCUUGCCAUGAGAGUGAAGAAGCAUUUGGAAACAUGGAGCCUAAGAGUGCAGGUACUUGGUUUUGAGGUUUAUGAAAUAGUGUGUAUAGUCAUGUUGACCUGUGGGAGCUGUGUGACAAAUGUUUUUGUAAAUACAGAAAAAGAUUUUAAGAGUUUCCUACAUCUUUAUAUUUUAUUAUAUAUUAAAAUAUAUUUCCCCAUGCUGAGAUUAUAUCAGCAAACACAUUUAAUCUGAAAUAAUCAAGUGACCUAUAAAAUACAGAUUAGUUAGGUCUUUUUGUCUAUUAAAGAUAAUAUUGUACAGUUACAGCAGGCAGAGGAAAUACACCACUAAUCCCACCUAUAAGUGGUCCAUACUAGAGCCUUAUAAAAAUAGGAAAGCAGUAUGCAGUGUGUGGUGAGCGCAUACUGCUGUGUAUGCAGGGACAUUUUGAGUUCGACAGAUUUACAUCUGAACAAAUAUAAACACAGCUGAUUGAAUAUAAAUAUUGGAAGGUACUAUUACUUCAUUAUGCCUUUGUAAUGUGAUAUUAAACACCUUUACCUCAGUUUUAUUUCAGUGCAUGCAGUUAAAAUCAUCCACAGGGUGGCUUGAGUUCACAUUAUGCAUCAGUACUUUAAUGAAGUUCAGCCGGAGCAGAAGAGUGUGUGUGUUUUUUUUUUCUCCUUUUGGGAGACUGUGUUGCCUUUUAAAAUAAUUAAUGUCCUUACAAAACUGUUAACAUUAUCUGUCCUCAGGAGAGGCUUUCAUGCUCUGCACACUGUGCUCCAUUGAAUAGGAUGGUAGCCUGAACCAUUUAUUUAUGUGAAAUCAUGCCAAUAAUGAAUAGGAAUAAAGUCCAUCAACU